AUGUUUACAAAUUUGACUUAUCUUCACAUUGGUUUACAAGACAUUUGCCGGUAUUUACCAUCUACAACAUGUUAUUCGUCAAGUAUUGCUCAUUUGAAUGUUAGAGUGCGCGACUUUGGUGAUUGCCUUUCUUUACUUGAUGAACGUCUUAGUCAACUAUUAACCUUUAUUGUCGAAGUUGAUUACAUUUAUAAUACAUCAAUGAUUAUCAAUUAUACGGUACAAUAUUUUAAAUCACAAAAAUUCUAUCUAAUUAAAAAAGGUUUCUCGUUAAUUUCAUUUCGUCAAACAAUUGAGUAUGAUAAUCAAAUUGUACCAUGCCUUCGUCAAAUGUCACAAUUAGAAAAAUAUGCAUUGUCCCUUAUUGUUCGUUGUCGAACUUCAUUCAUCGAUGGAACUCAUCUGGUUAAUGAUAUUCUUAGUAAAAUGUCAUAUCUACAUACAUUUAUCUUCAACAUCAUCACCUAUAAUGUUAGAAUGGACGAAGAACUGUUACCAACACCUGACGACGUUAAACGUGCGCUUAUCCAAAGAGAAUACAAUGUUAACUGUUAUACUGAUUAUAGUGCAUUUAACAAUGGUCAAUGUCAUAUUUACUCGCUUCCGUUCGCUAUGGACCGCAUGUAUACGCAUUCAAGUAAAUUUCAUGGUGAUUUAUCCCUGACUGUUCGUUACUUAUAUGUGCAAGAUUUCGUCCGUCCAUUUGAACAUGAUUUCUGUUGGCGAAUCUCUCGAGAUUUUCCAUUAUUAAAUAAUUUGACAAUAUUUAAUAUAGCCAAGCAAACAAAGAACUUAAUACAUCAACAAGAUGAACAAGCAUCUUCAAUUAUUGAGUUUUCCCAUCUUAUGACACUCUGUCUUUAUGGAUGUUAUAUCAAUUAUGUGACACAAUUUCUUCUCGACUUCAAUACACAUCUACCGUGUCUUAAUACAUUAUAUAUUAAAUAUGAAGAUUUGGUGAUCGUAACAGACAAUUUCACAAAUAAUGCUGCUCGUUCUAACUGUUCCAGGUUGCAACAUAUUAUAUUUGGUUCAAUGUCAAUGCUUUGGUUCUUCUUUAAUUUAUAUUUAUUUAUUGAACUGAUUUAUUUAAUAUAUUUAUGCAUGAUUCGAUUUAUGAUGAUGAUGGAACCAACAAAUCUUGAUAAAUCAUCCAGUCAAAGAUUAUUAACGGCUAAUAUUAAUAUUGAUAAUUUUCAGAAUCAAGAAGAAUUAGUUAUUAUUGAUGAAGUUGAAACAGAAAUUAUACUGGAUUUAUCUAAUGAAAAUAGAGCACUCAUAUCAACAAUUAAAUUAGGAAUUUCAACUGAAUCAACUACAUGGUUUUGCGAAGAUUGCAUCGACAUGCAUGAAGAAGAAGAACAAUAG